AUGAAUUAUUAAUUCGAAAUUAUAAAGCAGAUUUGGGCAUCAAAGAAAAUUUGGGCAUUUUUUAAAUAUUAGAAUCUUUUGAAUUAGAGGAUCAAAGAAUUGAUAUAAGAAUUAGAUCCAAAAAUUCAAACUGUAAUACAGUUGAAGGAGAAAAAAUAACUAAUCGGAAUAUCAAAUAGGUAAUUUACAACAGCAUGUACCAAAGCUUUAGAAAAUAAAGCAAACCUUUUAAAACCAUUAUUCAUGUUGAAUAAGAGAAACAUACAAAAUAAUUAGAAGUAUCUAAUUGAUAUUUUAUAAAUAAUCCACUAUUCAACAUAAAAUGAGGAAUCUAAUUAUGUUUAGGAUACUAUAAUGAAUCCAAAUAAAAUAAAAGAAUAGAAAUAGCUAUAUCAAAUAUUAGAAUUGAUAUUUGUGAUGUUAUAAAAUUAAUAAAGAGAAACAACCAAAUAUUAAAUUUUGAUAUGUUUAGAUUCUAUCUUAAAAUAGUUGAUGAAAUGCUCAUAAUAAAAUCCUGAAAUAUUGUAAUAAUUAAUAAGGUUUUAACAAUACAACAGGAGUAUUUCUUAUAAAAAAUCAUACGAAGGAAUUGGUCAAUAUAUAAAGGCAAUAACAUCUUUUGAUUGUAAAUUAAAACCAGAUUUGUCACCUGAAGCAAUCGACUCUACAUUGAAUAAUGUAUUACAACAAUUAGAUUGUGUAAUUUGUUAUAGUGCCAUGAAAGAUCCUGUGUCAUUGAAAUGUGGACAUAGUUUUUGUAAGAAAUGUAGGGCUUAAGACCAAAAUAAUUCUCAGAAAUGUCCAAUGUGUAGAGUGGAACAGGUAGACGAUAUUUAUCUUAGCGAAAAUAACAAAUUCUUAAUAAAGUUGAUACAACUAAGAUUAAAUUUUGAGAAAAAGAACAAUAUAUACCAGGAGGAGUAUUAAUAAAUUUACAUAAAGCCGCAAAGCAAGGAGACUUAUGAAUAAAAAUUAGUCUUAAGAACAUUGUAAUCUCUCAAGUACUUAAUCGAAGAGGAGGUUGAGAUUGAUACAAAAAGAUUUAAAACACUAUCAACUCUUUAGUUUCAAUAAUUAAUAAAAUAACACCUUACUUUUAUACUUAUUGAUAAAAAUGAGAAUGCAUAUCUAGUGAAAAAUAUUUUAACUUAUAUAAGCAAGAACAAAACAAGAAUUAAAGUUCAAUAUUAUGACAAAAUAAAAAUUGCACAAUACCAUUUAUUAGAAAUUGCAUUGAAUUAAGAAAAUGGAGAAUACAUAUUUGAAUCAGAAUUUGCAACAGCUAUUACAUAUUAGGAUGAAUACAUAGAUGUAAAUAACAUUGAAAAUCAAAAAUAAAUCAGUCUAUUGAUAAAUAGUAUUAAAGAAUUCUUCAAUCAGGCAUUUCUAAAUUAACAGCAAGAUUAAACAUAAUAAACUAUAUCUUCAUUCUUGGCGUAAUAAGGAUUCUUAAUGUUACACAAUUCUGAUAUUAUUAGCAACUAUGACGAUAUGAGAAAAUAUUCAUAUUUGGUUCCGAAUCUCCUAAGAAUACCUGAAAAGGAGAGAGUGGAAAUCUAAUAGAUGAAUAAUUUAAUUAAAAGAUUAGAAUUGAUUUAAAAGAGUUUAAAUAGAUUCAGAUCCUGCUCAAACUUAUUGAUGAUAUUGUAAAUUCAUUAUGAGAAUCAUAGUCUAAGGAGGAAUACUAUUAUCUUUACUAUAAUAUGUUUGGUUUUAUUGUUUUUUGUGUUGUUGUGA